AUGGCUGCCACUCAAGGAUACCCUCUUCUCUGCCUGGAGAACCCUCUUCUCGAUAUCCAAGGUGUCGGAGACGACGCACUUUUGGAAAAGUAUGGAGUCAAGGCCAACGACGCCAUUCUCGCUGAGGAGAAGCACAUGGGUCUCUAUGAAGAUCUCCUCCAGAACCACAACGCCAAAUUAAUGGCUGGUGGUGCUGCUCAGAACACUGCUCGUGGUGCUCAAUACAUCCUCCCCGAAAACUCCGUCGCCUACAUUGGCUGCGUCGGCAAAGACAAGUACGCCGACAUCCUCACAGAAACCUGCAAAAAGGCUGGUGUCUACACUGAAUACCGCGUCGACGAGGUCCAACCUACUGGAAAAUGUGGCGUUAUUAUUACCGGCCACAACCGUAGCAUGAUUACCCACCUUGCUGCUGCCAACGAAUACAAGCUUGACCACCUCAAGCAGCCCCAUGUCUGGGCUCUUGUCGAGAAGGCUCAGGUCUACUAUGUCGGUGGAUACCACUUGACUGUUUCUGUGCCUGCUAUUUUGGCUCUUGCUGAAGAGGCUGCUGCUAACAACAAGCCCUUCGUCUUCUCCCUCUCCGCCCCCUUCAUCCCUCAAUUCUUCAAAGACCAGCUCGACAGCGUCAUUCCCUACGUCGACUACCUCAUCGGCAACGAAACUGAGGCCCUCGCCUACUCCGAGAGCCACGGCUGGGGUUUGACCGACAUCGCCGAAAUUGCUAAGAAGCUCACCACCCUCGAGAAGAAGAACACCCAACGCCCCCGUAUCGUGAUCAUUACCCAGGGUACCCUUCCCACCGUCACUGCUGUCUCGACCGCAAGCGGUGUUGAGACUAAGGAGUACCCCGUUCACGAAAUCUCCAAGGAGAAGAUCAACGAUACCAACGGUGCCGGCGAUGCUUUUGCUGGUGGUUUCGUUGCUGGCAUUGUUCAGGGUAAAUCCUUGGAACAGAGCAUUGAUCUUGGUCAAUGGCUUGCCAGUCUCAGUAUUCAGGAAUUGGGACCUUCAUUCCCCUUCCCCAAACAAACCUACUCUCGCCAAUAG